UCUCUCUGUUCGUGGAGUCAGCAGCAGAUCUGGUGACACUUUAACUCACAGGACCCUCUGAACGAACCCCUUCAUUUCCCUCUUUAAUCUGACAUAUUGUUUCCUCUGGACGGAGAAUACCACAUUAAGAUCUGAGUUUUACAGAUGAGAGGAGAAAAGAUGCUCUGCCUACGUGACUCAGGCGAUUGCUUACGGGAGCAGAUGCAGUACAUGAUGAGGUCACUGCAAGACCUGAAACAACUACGGAGAACCUGCCCUGCAGCCAGACGCCCCCUCAGCACCCAACUUCCAGCAUUAGUGCGGCAUUCUGCAGUGGCACGUGCCUGUCAGCAGCGAGCAUUGCAGCGAGAGCAGCGUACAAGGCUGAGGAUGUCUGAUGCCAGCACGGCCAGUACGUACGACUCCGCCUGCUGCCUGGCGAGUCCUCUGGAGGAGGACGAGGACGACUCAAGCAGCCGGCUGGGCUCUCCCAGCAGUCACAAAAGUUUGGAGUUUGAUUCAGGCUACUCUGAGGCGUCAUGGCAGGAUGACGCAGUGGUCCUGAGGAGGACGAGAAAUGUGCGGGUGUCAUCAUCAGCCUGCCUCCGCACAAACAGGGCACCAAGUGGACGCAUUCGACCCAAAUCCACGUCCGACGCCUGUCUGGAGAGGUGGACAUCGUUUGAUAUCAGCGAACAAGAGGACUGGACAAACUCCUUAUUGACCAGAGGACGCAACCGACAACCUCUGGUUCUGGGUGACAACAGCUUUGCAGACCUCAUACAGAACUGGAUGGACUUGCCAGAUUGUCCUGAGCCCACUGAGCUGAAGCCAAAUUCAAGUAGUAGAAUGGGAAAAGGUUUCUUUGUCAACAUGAGGAAGAGACUGACUGGGUUUUCUAAGAGUGUAGAGGACAGAGUGAGGAUGAGAGUCACAGACUCUGCUCAUGUUAACAGAACUACAAAUGCUUCAAAACGUCUGUCCUGUCCAGUCGUGGCAUCGGAAUCUAAAGUCCCUUUUUUCCACCAGUCUCACUCGGGCAUUAAUGAGAUAGAAACUGAUUUUUACCACUUCGCAGCCCUCUUGAAAUCACGCAGCAGACAACCGUUAAUCUGCAACGAUAUCAUUGGCUACGUCUGACACGAGGCCAUGUAAAGACUGGACAAUCCUCAGAGUCACUUUAUCUUUUACACGACUGUUUACUUUUUAUAUGCUGUGACUAAGCUAAUAGGAAUAAAGUCUCAUAAUUUAAACUCUACACACUCUUAUUUAUAUUAUGUUAUCAUGUAACACAGGAUAUGCAGUUGGUUGAUAUUAUUUUUAAUUCCCAGAAGACAUCUGAACACAUUUUUUAUUUCCACCAUAGUCAUCUGAGUUUGGUUACAGCUCAAUACAGCCGGACAGUGAUUCCUCGCUGCCGAAUUAAAAGAAGAUUUUACUGUCUCUGCGGUAACGCAGAUGAAUAAAUGUUCAUUUGUUUUCAUUAGAAAUGUAAUUCUCUGAGCGGGCAUGAUGAAGUUUGUGCAUGCACGGUUUAGUGUAAUUGCUGUGUAAUAAAAAGAUGAAUUGUAAACAUGACAAUC